AUGUUUGCCCCGAAGGCAGCUGGUUUUAUAAAGUCACCGCUGUCUCAAAAGAGACUGACUCAGGACAGCGUGGAGUUGUACUGCGAGGCGAUUGGCAAUCCCAUCCCUGAGAUCCAGUGGUGGUUUGAGGGAAACGAGCCCAAUGAGACCUAUGCUCAGCUCUGGGAUGGCGCACGGCAGGACCGUGUCAAAAUCAACGCCACCUACAACCUGCACUCCACCAGCACCAUCUCCAUCGCAAACCUCACGAGCGACGACUCGGGCAUGUAUGAGUGCCGGGCCAGCAACGACCCCGACCGCAACCACUUGUCGAAGAGCCCCAAAGUCAAGUGGAUCCGUUCCCAGGCAAACGUUUUUGUCAUUGAACGUCCAGACAUCAAAGUUAAUGUAAGUUAUGUUUCUGGGAAGCUAAACCUCUCCUGCAGCAUGAGUGCACCAUACCCUGCCAUCGAGGGCCACGAGUGGACGCAUGGAGACAAGGUCCUUCAAGCAGACACGGAGACAAAUGCUUUCACCAGUUACAUGAUUGAGGGGAAGAUGGAGGAGCACUCUGGUGUCUAUGAAUGUGUCUACAAAACGAACCCAGUGAUUAAAGGACAAGUGAAUAUUUCAGUUUCACCCCAAGUGAUUGCAUACAAGAAGUCUGAGCAUGGGAAUGAGGGGGACACAGGUGUGCUGACCUGCAAGAAUCCCUCCUUCCCCCCUGUCAACUCCUGGGUCUGGUACAAAAAUGGUCAAGAGCCCAUCGUCAAUGGUUCUGGCCGAUACAUCAUCAAGUCCAGCGGCAACAAGACGGAGCUUCGCAUCCUGAAGCUGAGCAUCGAGGAGGACACGGGGGACUAUCACUGCAAUGCCACCAACUCCCAGGGCUUCGGAGGGGCCAUCGUGAACCUGCGCGUGCGCAGCCGCCUGGCAGCGCUCUGGCCCUUCCUGGGCAUCGUGGCCGAAGUCCUCGUGCUCGUCACCAUCAUCUUCAUCUAUGAGAAGAGGAGGAAGCCAGAUGAGAUUCUUGAUGAUGAUGAUGGAGGCUCUGCACCACUGAAAAGCAAUGCCACAAACCACAAGGACAAGAACGUCCGCCAGAGAAAUGCAAACUAAGCUGGGCCAGGUGAAGUGUAGAUGAAGAACUCAUCUGGAUAAUUAUUUUUUCUUCUAAUUUUUUGGUAAAAUAGCACCAUGAAAUAUUCUAGUGCAUCCUUGCUUCACUUUCUAAAGAAACUUAAGUUGUAGAAUCUAAAAUACACUUUUUUUUAAAAAAAGAGUUGUGGGAGGGUUUUUCUACCUGUAAGUGUAAAUCCCUUGUUUAUGGUAGUCUAGGUCACUGGCUGUCUCUGUCCUCAGUUUCUUCAUGUUGGAACAGAGGGGCUAGGA